AUGGCGAGGGUUCUGUUCGUUCAGUCAGCUUUGAGCUCCCAGCAGAAGGUGUCCUAUCUGAUGAUGGCUUCAAAGACGUCCUCGACUCUACCUGCCCAGGAUGACCAGUCAGUCACGGGAGGGUGUCUGGCCUCCGACUCCUCUUUCUACCUGGUGCAGUCUUUCCUGGGUCAGGGGACCUUUGGCAAAGUUGUAAAAUGCCUGAGGAUGACUGACAUGAAGACCGUGGCCAUCAAAAUGAUAAAGAUACACGGCUCUAAUGUCAAGCAGACAAACGAGGAGGUGGAUGUCCUUUUGAAACUCAAAUCGCUGGACUCGGACAAAUGCAACCUUGUUCGAUGGUACCAGGUUUUCACAGACACAGGACAUGUUUGCCUAGAAUUUGAGCACCUGGACAAAAGUCUUUCUGACUUCAUGAAGGAAAGAGGUUUCAAGCCUCUUCUUCUGAAGCAGAUCAGACCUAUUAUCCUGCAGCUCGCCAAUGCACUCGAUCACUUGAAGGCUUCUGGGAUAAUACAUGCAGACCUCAAGCUGGAGAAUGUGAUGUUGGUCGACCAUCUACAGGCGCCCUACAGAGUCAAAGUGAUUGACUUCGGGCUAGCCUGUGACGUGUCAGCUGCCAAGCGGGGCUCAUACAUUCAGACCCGUCCAUACCGGUCUCCAGAGAUUAUUUUGGGGCUUCCAUUCACAGAGGCUAUAGAUAUGUGGUCUCUGGGCUGCAUGGCUGCUACCCUGUACCUUGGCACUCUACUCUACCCCGGAAUGAGUCAAUAUGAUAUGAUGAGGUACAUUGUGGAGACUCAGGGACAGCCCCCGGACAAAUUGCUCAGCUUUGGAUGCUUUACUGGCUGUUUUUUCGAGAGAGACUACAAGUCCACCACCAGUGUGUGGAAACUCAAGUCCAAGUUUGAUGCACUCAGAAUAUCAUUGCUUACAAGUACACUGUCCGUUCAGACACCAGGAAAGAUCCACAGAGAAUUGGGGAUCCAGCCGAUGGAAACCAGGAAGAUCAAGUUAAAAUCUCUGGAUGACCUCCUGCGUAUCCAGGUCAUCGAUACUCAAAAUGCUGCAGAUAUGGUUGCAGAACUGAUUGAUCUCCUGAUGUUUGUGGACAUGCUGAAGGGAAUGCUUCAGCUGGAUGCUGCCAUACGGUUUACACCAAGACAGGUGCUGGAGCAUCCGUUCGCCAGCAUGGGCCACCUUGUCUGCAUGCAGCACCUCAGUGAGCAUGUUAGGUCCUGCUUCAAUAUGGUGGACUUCUGUCAAAACGAAAUCCCAACUUCUGACACUGGGAAAGCUGUGUGUGGGUCACAGCAGAAGCCCCCCUCCAGCGCUGCCUCCCCCAUCCAGCAGAACCCUCCUCCUCAUGCUGAGGGGAACAGCGUGGUCCAGCCAGACUGCAUCAACCCACUUCCCUGCACCAGCACCCAGACCAGGGGUUCAGAUAGGUCAGGGAUGAAGAGAAAGGUUGAUGAUGAAGAUGGGAAUAUAAACGAUACAGGACCUCAAAACACAAAGUCUCGCCGCUAUGAGAGGUCCCAUGAUGACGGAAAGUCCCAGAAAAGCUCUGCAGGUCCGUCCAGCAGCCGGACCCAGAGUUGUGUCUCGGCAAGGGUUAAGAGGAAGAUGGCCCAUAGUGAAGACUCUGACUCUGACCCCUGCAAGAGGCCUCAUCACAAGAGGAAGAGGGGCAGAAAAUGCCAUGCAGGCAGAUCCGCUCGCGGCAGAAGCCGGGAUUCUACCCACGCUCCCCCUGUUCAAUGUGGUCAGAGGAGCAGCCCUGCCGAGCACCACCACCACAGUGCACGUCCUUCAAGCAGCACCCAGACCAAGAGCGAUGCUUGUUCAAAUCUGAAAAGAAAAGCAUCUGAUGAUGAAGACAUGCAGCUUAGAAAAAGAACCUCUGAUCCCUGUUUAACUCAUAAAAGAAAGAGGUCCUGCAUUGUCUUCAGAGGAGGGAAGGAGAAGAAGAGGCGAGUCGAUAUGUAUUGA